AGUCGAAGGAAAUGCACCGAUGGAUCAACAGGCGUUUUGUGUAGAUGUGCCGGUGUUCCAGUUUGUAAAUUGCACGAACGACAUUAAUAAAGCGCAAUAAAUAAAUAUUAGUAUCAUUAUUAAUAUCUUUAUUUCUUAUUUAAUGUUUAAAUCUUUAUAAAUUAUAUUAUGUGAUUUAUAAAUAUUAUUUCUUUUCGUAAGAUGUAUUGGUUAUCGUCAUAACAAUAAAAUGAUUUGAAAGAAUGAUUUGAAAGAUAAAAAAGAUAAUUCAACGGAAUUAAUUAUAUAAUAGAAAUAUUAAAAUAAAACUACAAGUAUUUAUAUAAUACAUAAGUAUAUAACUUAUUUUCAUUAUAUAUUGAAUCACAUCGAGUCUAUCAAAAUUAAUUUGAGACCUUUUUGAAAAACUAUUUUCAUUAUAUUUUUAUAUUAUAUUAUUACUUUUUGAUUUCAGUUUUAAUUUCUAUAAUCAAAAAGAAGAAAGAUGAUACGCAUUAAAUAGAUGAUACACGUGCAAUUAUCACGUUUAUAUUAAUGUUCGUUGCUCGUAUAUCUCGUAUGAUGCGCAUAGUUUGUUGCCGGAGAUCGUCGAGAGAGUAAAGGCGUACCAGAGCCGCCGUUUUAUUCAGUUCACCAACGACCGUAGUGCCGACAAACCUCAUCCGUCCAUAAGCCUUAAUUGAUACAUAGGUCGAGCUAUGCCAUCCUGAUCGACCUCAAUUUUACAGAAGAGUCGCAGUGUAGCGAUAAAACGUUCAAAUAAAGUUGGAACAAAUAUAAAAAUUUGAUCAAGAAAAACGCAACAAAUAUGUCGUUCUUUGUAAUUGUCAAGACUGUGAUAGUUUUCCUUUUUUGGACAGUGAUCUUUAGCAUUGAAAGUAUCAUUAAAUUAUUCAUCCCGUUGAAAUAUAAAAUGAAGAGCAUCGCUGGAGAAAUCACUCUAGUGACUGGAGGUGGUGGUGGUUUAGGAAGGUUAACCGCCCUUAGGUUAGCCAAUCUCGGUGCCAUAGUUGUCAUCUGGGAUGUUAAUAAGGCUGGCAUGGAAGAGACUGUCAAGUUGGUGCAGACCGCGGGUGGUACUUGUUACGGUUAUGUUUGCGAUUUGUGCGACAAGGAAGAUAUUUACAAGAAAGCGGAACUAGUUAGGAAAGAAGUUGGAAAGGUGACUAUUUUAAUAAAUAACGCCGGUGUUGCCCAGGGAUUGAAAUUCUUAGAUUCACCGGACAAACUUCUUAUACGAACAAUGGACGUGAACGUGAUGAGUCAUUUCUGGACGACGAAAGCGUUCUUACCUUCGAUGCUGGAAGAUAACAAAGGUCAUAUUGUAAGUAUCGCAAGUUUGGCUGGAUUUGUAGGAGUACCAUGCUUAGUGGAUUAUUGCACCUCGAAAUAUGCGGCGAUCGGAUUCGAAGAAGCACUUCACAUGGAAUUAAUUGCUAAUGGAUAUGAUAUCAAUAUGACCGCUGUUUGUCCGUUUUUCAUUCGAAGUACUGGCAUGUUUGGCGAAGUUUCCCCUAAAUUUUUACCGAGGCUUACGCCGAAUAAAGUGGCGGAUCGAAUAGUAACUGCUGUGAGAUGCAAUGAAAAACUCGUUAUAAUUCCUGGUUACAUACGUUUACUUCUUGUUGCAAAAUGUUUCUUGCCGUGGGCUAGCACAACUAUGUUCUUACAAAAUUUACUAGUAGAUAAAAUAUCAGAUAAUACAUCAAACAAUGUUACUCUUAAGAAAGAAGAAAUUAUUCCGGGAAUGGUAGCCAAAGAUCCAGACACUUCAGUUAUUCAUCAACAAUUAACCAGACGUAUCUCUAGUUCGGAAAGGAAACCUUAAAAGAUGGUCGACAAUUUCGCAACAUAUCCAACAAUUUUUGAUACCUUUUUUCGAAUCUGAAUGAAUAACGUGUACCUAUGUGUGGGAGUUAUGGAACAUUUAAUGUAUAAUAACUGUUAUAAUAUAUUGCGAAACUCGUUUAAUACGAGUUUUUAAUAUAUGUCAAUAGAGCUUGUUCCUGAAACGAGUUAUUGUGCAAGAUAAAUCUCACAGAAUUAAAAAUGAAAAUUUUUAAAAUCAAUAUUAAAAUUUGUUAAGAAGUAAUAACAUGAAUAGGAAUAAAGUUUUUUAAAAUAUUACUUAAUAUCUUUAAAUAUUAUUUUUUAUAAUUAUAUAAGUAAUGUAUUGUGUCUUUUGAAAAUUAAAAAAAAAUGAUUGGGAUUAAAUUUUUUGGAUUAAAUUUGUUCUGUUGCUAAGAGGAUAUUGUAUCUUGCACAAUAUUAAUGAAAAUUUGUACAUUUUAAUAUAUUUUAAUAUGUACAUUUCAAAUGUUGAUUUUUAUUUUAAUAUUUUGUACAAUAAUAUUUUAUGGCACCAUGAUGAAGUUCAUGUAGUUACAAAUUUUAAUAUACAAGUUUUAUAUAAAUGUUAAAUAUGUAUGAUGGGUAUAUACGAUUGUAAUAGUGUAGUGUAGUAAGAAUAGUUAAUGUUAUCUAUUAUUUUUAAGUGAUAAUUUGAUUGCAAAGGAACACAAAGGUAUAUUUAUCAAACUUUUAUUUUGCUAAAUCUUACAAAUUAUUACAAAAUAAUUUUCAUUUUAAAUAGAGAGAAAUAAAGUUUAUAUAAUUUGUAGAUAUUGAUCUAUUUGACAUGUUAUUGCAAGAUAAAAUUUAUUGAAUCGAUAAGUUCAUCACGCAUUAUCAUUUUAAAAAUAUAGUGCCAUAUAUCUGAUUGUUUGUGAAAAGAAUAUUGUAAUAAAAUUAUAUUUUAUAUUCUUUAAUAUUAUUUGUAAAUGUUAUAAAUUUCAAAAUAAUUUUAAAAAUCUCAAAAUAUUCGUGUUAAUAAUUUUCCAAUAUUGUCAAAGAAGUAAUUGAAUACAACGAGACGUAAAAAACAAAAUAAAACAAUUUUAUAUAGCGAUUUUUACUAAGAUUUUAUCUCUUCACAAACUUAUCGUAUGAAAUAUGUAUAUUAUACUAUUCAUUUAUAUGUAAUAUUAUUAUGUAAUUCUUUAUCAAAGAUUAUUCCUGUAAUUAAAAAAAUUUUUUCUAUAUCUACAUAAAUAUAAAUUUUAUCUAUAUAAAUAUACAUUAAAUUUAGAGUUAAUUGAUGAUAAGACAAUGAUUUUAUGAGAGGAAUUUUACAUUUUUUUUUUAUUCUUUACAUUUAGUAUAUUAAUGAAAUAUAACGAUAAUUAGAAUCAAACAUUUUAGACGUAUUACAAACAUCAUAUUGCAAUCAUGUUCGUCAGAGCGAACGACUAUAUUUUUUAAAUUCUAUUUCCAUUAUCUAUUUAAGUAUAAGUUAAGAAAAUAUUUCCUAAAGAUGUAUAUAAUUUGAUUAUAGAUUUUAUUGUUUUUUUAUUGAUUAAAAUUUACUAAUUUUAUUUUCCAUGCUUGCUAUGAAUGCAUUGAAUGUACAUAAAAAGUAAAUGGAAUAAAGAAUUGAAUGGAAAAAAAAAA